AUGCGCAAAGAGCAUUGUAAAGACAAACGCGAAAAAGGUGAAAAGGAUAACGGGAAGAACUGCAUACUAUCGUGCGAAAAGAGAAAAGCCGAUGACGCAGACAUCAACAAGGACUUGAAAAAGGCAAAAUUAGAAACCAAAGCACUGAAAGCCAAAAGGCCGGGUUUCACAGACGACCGUUACAACGAGACAUCCUACUACAUUGAGAAUGGUCUCAGGAAAGUGUACCCCUACUAUUUCACUUUCACCACAUUCACCAAAGGCAGAUGGGUCGGGGAGAAGAUCUUGGACGUGUUCGCCAGGGAGUUCAGGGCCCAUCCGGCGGCGGAGUAUGAGAGAUGCAUCAGGGCCGGGACGCUCACCGUUAACUACGAAAGAGUCGACCCCGACUACAGGCUUAAACACAACGAUUUACUCGCUAACGUUGUUCACAGGCACGAAGUACCGGUCACCAGCCAACCGAUCACCCUCGUACAUAUCGACGAGGAAAUUGUGGUUGUCAACAAACCAGCCUCUAUCCCCGUUCACCCAUGUGGAAGGUACAGGCACAACACUGUCGUUUUUAUACUUGCCAAGGAGUACAACUUGAAGAAUCUGAGGACUAUACAUCGAUUGGAUAGGCUAACGUCAGGCCUCUUGCUGUUCGGGCGAAGUCCAAAAAAGGCAAGACAGAUGGAGCACCAGAUUAGAAACCGACAAGUGCAGAAGGAAUAUGUUUGCAGAGUCGACGGCGAGUUCCCGGAUGAGGAAAUAGAAUGUCAAGAACCGAUUGAGGUUGUGAGCUACAAGAUUGGAGUGUGUAAGGUGUCGCCGAAGGGAAAAGAUUGCUCCACUGUAUUCAAACGAUUGGGAUUCAAUGCCACUAACAAUACGAGUGUGGUGCUUUGUCGACCGAAGACUGGACGCAUGCACCAAAUACGGGUUCAUCUACAAUACUUAGGUUACCCAGUCGUGAAUGAUCCGCUUUACAACCAUCCAGUGUUUGGACCGCUCCGCGGGAAGGGUGGCGACACUGGCGGCAAGACCGACGAACAACUAGUGAGGGAUCUGAUAGCGAUACACAACGCCGAAAACUGGCUGGGCGUUGACGCUGGUGACGACGAUUUGCUGUUCUCGAAGCCAGUGGCUGAUGACAAAGUAGGUGAAGACGAUUGCGAUACUGGUCCGACUUCAAGGGAGUCUUCUCCAAGGUUGGAGUCUCCUUCGCCUGGAUUGACUCCAUCUACAGUCAUGACCCCUACGCUACCUAGUCCAUCAAGUGGCUCAGAAGCACCAAUGGAAGCGACCGUAGUCUCACCUGCCCCACCGUGCACUAUGGCGCCUUCUCCGGCCGCUUCGCCAACACCAAACGAUGACUCUAACGACGCCAAGUCGGACAAGGUGACGGUGGCGACGCAGACGGGGUGCGGGGCGGGGGUGCGGGCGCCGGGCGGCGGGGCGGGCGCGGGAGGGGGGGUGGCCGUGAUCGCGGGGGCGGACGCCCUCGCCGCGGACCCCCACUGCUACGAGUGCCGCGUCCGCUACCGGGACCCGCGGCCUCGUGACCUCGUCAUGUACCUGCACGCCUGGAAGUACAAGGGCCCCGGCUGGGAGUAUGAAACGGAGCUGCCUCAGUGGGCGAGCGUGGAUUGGCAGGAGCAGGAAAGCUCA